UGUAUUGCAGCUAUUAAACAUUAUUUACAAGUCAAAUGGAACGUUAUUUUAUUUUCCACGAAGAGGACGACUCAUGCAGAGGGAGGAACUAAACCACUUUUUACUUUCACAGCUUCAGGAAAUCUAAAGAUCAGAAGUAGGCUAGGUGAUGAGCCACACAGGGAUUUAGCAUAUCUCAUUCGAACUUAAUUGUAUUUAUUAUCUAAACAAAUUAACUAUAUGCCCAAACUAACGCUCAUCAGAUUGUGCUUCUGGCUUUGUCUUGCACGAACGGUGGUCUCCGGAGAUGAUCUUUAUCAUAAAGUGGGAGGUGAGCUCGUGUUGACACCGGACAAGUCCACAGUGACUUACCCCAUCACAAGCAUCCUAUGGAAGCAUGGGAAGAACAAGGUGGCAGAGUGGGACAAGGAUUUUGGUGGUCUGGAAAUCUAUGGUGCCUUCAAAGAGCGCACAUCCCUGAACCUGACUACUGGAAUCAGUGGAUUGACAAAAACAGACAGUGGAGUUUAUUCUGUGGAGUUCAACGGCACACUUCAAGACAAGACAUAUAAACUGUCUGUUAUCAAGGCAGUCCCCAAACCCACAAUCUCUUCUUUCUGUAACGCCAACAAAACCUCCUGCACUCUGACCUGUGAGGGCAACACCACUGAUGCUGAACCUGUCACCUACAACUGGAAAGUGGGAGAGGGGGCGUGGGAGGUCUUAGACAAACAGAUUACUGUCUCUAAGAGCAACACUGGCAAUUCAAACAGCGGUUCCAAGUACUUCUGCAAGAUGAAGAACUCUGCUGGAGAAGGGGAAGCCAGUGAGCCAGUUGGGCAGGUGUUUGGCCCAGUGGCAGUCCCCAAACCCACAAUCACUUCUUCCUGUAACUCCAACAAAACCUCCUGCACUCUGACCUGUGCAGGCGACACCACUGAUGCUGAACCAGUCACCUACAGCUGGAAAGUGGGAGAGGGGGCGUGGGAGGUCAUAGGAAAACAUCUGCUUGUCUCUAAAAGCGAUACUGGCAAAUCAAUCAACAGUUACAAGUACAUCUGCAAGCUGAAGAAAGCUGUUAGUGUAGAAGUCAGUGAGCCCGUUGGAGAUGUGUUUGGCCCAGAGCCAUCUGAAGAAAGUGUUGCUGGUGGUGUUGCUGGUGUUGUCGUCGUCAUAUUAGUACUUGUCGCCAUCAUAAUAGGGAUGGCUGGCAACAAUGCCAACAGUGUUAAGCCGGUGACAAAACCUGAAGAAGGGGCCAAUAAUAACACUACAACGGUCAUCAGCGUUGGACCAGGGGGCAGUGAUAAGACUACAACGGACAGCAGCGUUGGACCAGGGGGCAAUGAUAAGACUAAAACGGACAGCAGCGUUGGACCAGGGGGCAAUGAUAAGACUACAACGGAUGGCAGCGCUGGACCAGGGGGCAAUGAUAAGACUAAAACGGACAGCAGCGUUGGACCAGGGGGCAAUGAUAAGACUAAAAAGGACAGCAGCGUUGGACCAGGGGGCAAUGAUAAGACUAAAACGGAUGGCAGCGCUGGACCAGGGGGCAAUGAUAAGACUAAAACGGAUGGCAGCGCUGGACCAGGGGGCAAGGAUGAGACUAAAAUGGCUGGACCAGGGGGUGACCUAAACACAGCUGAAAAAGGAGAGGUGAAAGAAGAGGGGUCCGUGUUGCUGAACGAAGACAGGGUGAAGUACCACAAUGACAAUGGAGAGGGGGCAGCAGAAGAUAAUUCAGUAUUGUAGGACGCCAGGGAACUGUGGACCAGAGGUACACAGAGGAUCAUGAAGAGAACCCACUGUCUCAUCUGGGCUACCAGCGCUGGAGGACAAUGCGCUGUAAUGUCCAGAGAACAUUUCCAUAGCAAUAGACUGAUUGAUGAUUGGUGAAGGGAGGUCCAUUUAUAAGAGUCACCUGUCCAUUGGCAUAUUAUUAUUAUUAUUAUUAUUACUUAGUUAAGGUCAGUUUAGUUGAAUGUUGUUUUGUAAGUAAUGUCCAAAGCUGCAGCUUCUACUCUGCAUAUUUCUGAGCUUCCACCUCUGUCGUCUCUUCUCUUUAAGAAGAAGUGUAUGUCUAGCAAGUGUGAUGCACAUGUCAAGAUAUUGGUCAAAAAGCAGAGUCAUUUCACGGGGGGGGGGUCUGCAUUCUUUUAAUUUGCUUCUCAUACUCCUACAUAGUUAGUAUCCUACUUUGGCAAUCAGCAUUUCUAAUGUUAUUUUUCCAUGACAAUUUGUAUCAAACUUUUGGAAAAAUCUAUAGUUUUUGCUCAUAUUGACGUAAUAAUUUUGUACUACAGUUCUUUUAACCUGUAUGUAAAUCUAAUUUUAUGCAAUUGUAUAUCCCCCUGAUGUAUGUAAUCAUAUCACAAUGUGGUUAUUUUAGCUGGCAUGCAAUAACUUCAUGUACUGAAUAAGACUCCCAUUCCUUUGUCUUUUACCCAGAUUUUAGUAGAGAUGCAGAGAAGCAUAUU